GCUUUUGCGCGACCGAUUUUUUGCCUGGAGCCGUCGGAUCAUCCCUGAACGUGCUGUAUGGUCUAGGCGCGACAAGUGCAUUGUAUAGAGUUCUGCUAGAAUUGACCAUCUCUAACCGGCCAUUCAAGCCAUUUCCACCGAAUGGUCGCCGCAAGCCCAGACAUGGGCUCAAAAAAGCGCAAGCGCGGUGGCGCCGAAAAUUCCGAUGAUGAAGACCCGGUCAAAGGCCCCUCGAACACAGACAUUUCAAUUGGAGUAGGGCAGACGUUGUCUCGGCUUCAGUCGACCAAUGGCCCGGCAUCAGACACCGAGUCGGCGGCGCAAGCGCAGAACCGGGGCGAUAUGCCGUCGAAAAGGCCUACCAAAAAACGGGGAAUAGAUGGAGAAAAAACCAAAUACCCGCAGCUCACGUACGUUGAAGGCAAGCUUCAAUCCUCGAUUCGGAUCGCCGACCUACAGAAUCUAUUGCUCUACUGCUUUGCCGAUGGCAUCGCGCCGCAGUGGAUCUCCAUCAAGCACUCGCCUCGUGUCCGGAAAAUCGUGGUUUUGAUGGUUCCGGGUUUGGAAUUGGGUAUGUUCGAUGGGACAAUCCCCCUGCAGGCACUGAAGGACGACAAGGCGGACACCGACGCCCCGGAGCAGGGGGGCGCGAUGGAUACAGAGGAAACGGAGCAGGAUCCCAGACAGGCCGACUUUCAACGGUGGAAACAGGGACUUCCUCCGCAGGAUCGAUCGAGUCAGUUUAAUCCCCGCGCCUUGUCGCGCGACAGCCUACCGGAGCCGCUGCAUCCCUUGGCCGAAUUGUUCCCUCAUGUCUGGCCGGUAAAAGCUCCCGGGGAUUCCAAAUACAACCGAGUACAUUCUCCGCUCCAGGCAAUUUUGCUGUCCGCUCUACCGAAAAACAAGGAAAGCAACGGUACCAAGGGCCCGAAGCAGGCGAAGAUGGACAAGAGCUUUCAGCCUAAACGAACGCCUAUUACCAAUUUUAUUAGUACUCUCGAGGACCUCCGUGAAAAUGACUACCCUCUCCACCCGGCUCUCUUUGCGACAGAAAGUGAGAAGGCUGAGCUGGCUGAGAAUCGCAAACGGCUCGGCCAGUCCGCUGAGGAUGGAUGGGUAAACACCGACGUUAACAGCCUUGAAGAGGGCAACGUGCCCGAAGCAGAGAUUCAGCAGGGAAGUAUGACAGCUGGCCGGGAGGUCCUGGCUAUGGACUGUGAGAUGUGUGUCACGGAAGGCGGCAAUUCCGAACUCACGCGCAUUAGCUUGAUCCGCUGGGACGGUGAAGUCGUGCUCGACGAGCUCGUGAAACCGCAGCUACCUGUGAUUGACUACCUUACCCGAUUUUCUGGAAUCACGAAAGAAAAGUUGGAUCCUGUCACAACCACCCUUGCCGACAUCCAGCAAAAGCUUCUCUCAAUCCUUACCCCACGCACGAUUCUUGUCGGCCACUCCCUGAACUCCGAUCUGACCGCCCUUAAACUCACUCAUCCCUUCAUCGUCGACACCACAUUCAUCUACCCGCACCCUCGCGGGCCACCGCUGAAAUGCAGCCUAAAAUGGCUCUGUCAGAAAUACCUCGGCAAGGAGAUCCAAAAAGGCCAAACGGGCCACGACUCCAUCGAAGACUCCGUCGCCGUGCUUGACCUCGUCAAACAGAAAUGCGAGAAAGGCGAACGAUGGGGCACCAGCGAGGCCUCAAACGAGAGCAUCUUCAAGCGUCUUGCGCGCUCUGCCCGGCCUGGAAAGUCCUCCACGGGCAACGACGCCGGCCGCACCGGCGCCGUGGUCGACUGGGGCAGUCCCGAACGCGGCUUCGGAUCGCAGGCGACGGUCGCGAUCGGAUGCAGCGACGACGAGGAAGUCGCGCGUGGAAUCUCCUCUGUCGUGAACGGUGACGCCUCUAACGCCUCCAUUCCGGGUGACGGCGUCGAUUUCACCUGGGGACGCAUGCGCGAGCUCGAAAUGCACCGCGGCUGGUGCAACCGCAUGCCCGAUCCCAACAAGGCCAACGAAUCCACCACCCUGAACCCUCCCCCCGAAGAAACCACGCCCACCACCGGCCCAAUUUCCACAGAUGACCCGCAGGGUCUCUCGGACAUGGUGGCGCGCACGACCUCAAACAUCCGCCGCGUCUACGACUCUCUGCCCCCUUGCACUUUGUUCGUCGUGUACUCGGGCACCGGGGACCCGCGCGAAGUCAGCCGUUUGCAGGCUAUGCAUAAGACAUUCCGCGACGAAUACCAAUCCCGGAAGCCGUGGGACGAGUUGAGUGUGAAAUGGACGGAUACGGAAGAGCAGGCGUUAAAGAAAGCGUGCGAGAGGGCUCGAGCGGGAUGUGGGUUUAUGUGUGUGAAAUAGACGAAGAACCCACGCCUAGCACCGGCUUAGGCACCACCGAUGACCUGCAGGAUCUCUCGGACAUGGUGGCAUGCACGAUCUCGAACAUCGAGCAUGUCUACACCUCUCUGCCCCCCUGCACCUUAUUCGUCGUAUACUCAGGCACCGGGGAGACUCACGCGAAGUCAGCCGUCUGCAGGCCAUGCAUAAGAUAUUUUGCGACGAGUGCUCAUGCGGGAUGUUUAAACAGAAAGGCGAGAAAGGCGAACGAUGGGGCACCAGCGAGACCUCAAACAAGAGCAUCUUCAAGCGUCUCGCGUGCUCCGAGCAUAUUUCGAUUAUCUCUUGUAACUAGAAGAAGCCCGAUGUAUGUAUGUAUGUAUGUCUUUGACAAGCAUCUUGGACAGUGCAACUGCGCGCCCUAUUCACUUUAUUCAACAGCCACUUGAACUAUCAUCUUCUUACUUUCUUAUAUAAAAUAAGACCUACCAAUGGGGGUAGUAAGCUGACGCAUAAUAGCAAGUCUACGCAUAAUAGGUUGACGUGUAGAGUAAGUUCAGACGUAGUAGUAAGGUUACGUAUACAGCGAGUCCACACAUA